AUGGCUCAUAGGCUGGUUGAUAACUCAGCAGCUAUUUUCUCGCCAUCCGUUGCCCGUAUUGCCGCAUCUACUGCCCGUGACUGGUCGUACGUCGAUGCCUGGCUUGCGUCCAAAUCCCCUGCAUGGAAAACUUCAUUGCCGUCUUUUGAGCGAAACCAGGAUACCCUCAAGGCGCUCCUUGCUCUCGUAUCCUUAAACGAAGCGGCUGACGACCAACGCCGCCUCCUUGCCCGAGUGGACGCGACUGCUCUCCAAGGACUAACCGCCGCUCACAACAAGGCCGAGCCAGCCACUUCUCCCAACGGAACCCUUCUUACAAAGGGCCAUUUGCUCGACGCAAUAGAGCACAGUCUACCCAAAGAUGGGGCCAGCGCUCUGGAUGCACUCACCACAGUGGCCUCUGAGGCUGCCACUGCCAACCCUGAUCCCGAUCAUCUGGGCAGCCUGAUGCUUCGCCUCCAGAGCUCGAUUUACGGGGCUGAGCAGACGGCAGCCCGAGUUGAUGCCUUUGAGCGCCACCUCCAGAGAGAGGCUGAGGCAGCUGAGGAGUUGCUCCAUACGCUACAGAGCGAGUGCUAUAAGCCGCCCUCAGAUUUGGCCAAGCAAAAUCUGGAUGUGCAGCGAAGGAUAAAGACCGUGUCUGCACAGCUUCCCGAUCUCCAUGACCGCGUUACGGCUCUCGGUGCAUCCGUCGUGACGCCUUAUUUAACCAUCGGAGAUGUGAUCGAAUUGGAGCAGCGAUACCAUACCCUAGUGUUUCACAUGAAAGAGCUCAGUGAGCACAUUGCUGCUCUUUCACAAGACAAUCUAUGA